AUUAAGCCCACCGCUCACGGAGCAACUGUUUUGAAAUAAAGAUUUCAAUUUAGUUUAGUCUGUAACCAGUUUACAACUAAUAUUAAACUUCUGUACGCACACGGAUGCGACUAUUAUAAAAUAGUUUCAAUCAAUUGCCGUAGUAAUUUAUCGAAUGUCGAAUGAAUCACACCAGAAAUUGGGAAGAAUUUAAAGCAACUUGAAACUGCAAAGCGACUGCGAUCGCGGGAAAUGGUCGGGUACAACGGGUUUAUGACUCAUUGCAAACUAGUUUCAUUUGAAUCGACUUGUGUGCGGUUCCACACUACUGUACAUUGCCGAAGUUGCAAAAUAGUUGCAAGAUCAACUGGUUUACAAUUUUUAUUUUAAAACAGUUGCUCCGUGAGCGGUCGGCCUAACCCAUCCCUGCAGCCUGCACACCUAUAAUAUACAACAACAUUUCAAACGCGAGAAUAUCCCUUCAAAAAAACCACUCAAUCGAACCCGGUCAAUACCGAUAACAAACCAGAUAAGCCGGCCGACACCUCUCCAUGGUAUCGUUCAGGCGGCGACGGCGGCGCGAAGCGAUGAAACCGCCUGAUGCAAAGCAAAGAAAACCGUCGACCGUCGCCUGGAUCGAAAUGGCCGCCGUCGAGCGCCAGGACGCCGCCGGCGCCCGGAACCGCCUCCACGAGGGCACCAAGCCGGUGGUGCGGGCGGCCCAGCUCUUCGGCGUCAUGCCGUUGCGGUGCAUCGCGGGCGAUUGGGACGGCGUCCGGUUCGAAUGGCGGAGCAUCGCCGUCGCUUUUUCGGCGUUGAACGCCGCCGGCGCCUUCCUCAGCAUGGCCCUGUGGCUGGUCAAGUUCUGCGUCGACGGCAUCGUCGUAGACAAAACCGUUUACAUGGCAUUCUACUUCUGCACGUUUUUGUGCACGGUACACUUCAUGAAAGUAGCCAGGAAUUGGCCCAGUAUAUUGAAGGAAUGGUCGUUCGUGGAAACCACGAUGAAAAAUUACGGCACCGAGGAAAAUCUGAAGAGGAAAUUCCUGUGGAUGGGGGGCGUUUCGUUUCUAGUUGGAACCGUCGAGCACAUUCUCUUCAUAAUAAACGGGCUGUACCAAUCGGAAGUGUGCGAUAGCUUCAGUCGCAGCCGCUUCAGAGCUACCAUGGAGGUGCUCUUCAGCAAUUACUUCACUUUUUUCAGUUUCAACACGAUAGCCGGCGUCCUUAUUAAGAUGAUCAAUGUGCUGGCCACUUUUACUUGGAUCUACACGGACUUGUUCAUUAGCAUCGUCAGCCACGCUUUGACCGUGAAGUUCAGGCAGUUUGUGACGCGCAUCAAAACGAAUACGGAUAGAGUAGGGCACCAGAAAUUCUGGAGAGAGAUUAGGGAGGAUUACCAGAAGCUGUAUGGACUGUGCAAAAAGGUCGAUAAAUGCAUAUCGUUUUUGGUGUUGGUGUCUUUCAUGCACAAUAUUUUCUUUUUGUGUAUACAGCUCUACAAUAGCUUGAAGCAAAGAAAAGGGUUGAUAGAAACAGCGUAUUUCGUCUAUUCGUUCGCGUUUCUCGUGUUUAGAAUAAUAGCUGUUUCGAUGUAUGGAGCCCUAUUGCACGAUGAGGCGCAAAAACCCUUGGAGUAUUUGCACAACGUCCCGACGGAAUAUUAUUGUUCCGAAGUACGCAGGUUGAUCAAUCAAAUUUACACCUGUCCCGUGGGAAUCACCGGAUCCGGAUUUUUUGUAGUGUCGCGUAAUUUCAUGCUGCAGAUUGCAGGCACCAUAGUCACCUUCGAAUUGAUGUUGUUCCAAUUUGCGCCCAUCGACUCUAAGAAUCGCAUCUAUAAUAAAACAGAAAUAUGUAUAAAUGAUUGAAUAA